AUGUCCAAUCCAAGUCACUACCAGCGUCCACAAUCCCAAGAAAACGACCCCCAAUACGACGAAAUGAUGCUCCAGUACUAUGGCCAGUCGGCCUCCAACACCCCCGACGGCAUGAAGUCGCGAGGUGGGCCCCUGCCACACCUGCCGGGUAUUGGCGUCCUUGAUUCCAGUGACCAGCUCCAUGCUUACUGA